UUUCUUUUUUCAUUCUGCUGUUACAUUCAUGAUGUGUGUCACCGGCGAUCGCAGGGUUGCCCGUGUUCAUGAAAAUUCUAUUUGGUUGCCCUCAGGCCCCAUUGGUGGAAAUCACAUGGCUGGUUCGGACCAUGACCAGCUACCAUCGUUUUGGAGAUCAGAUUGAUAUCGAUGCCGACUAUGCCGACAAUUACUCCAAACGUGUCGUCGUUCUCCUUGAUCGUGAAGCAGCAGCGUCCGGCGGCGGCGUUCGGCCCUCCGCGGGAAACAAGCCAGCGGUGAGUGACGUCUCACAAGAGGACGGCAGCGCAACAUGUUUACAGCUGAAAUCCGCCCUCGGAAGCUGGACUGAGAAGAGACGAUUCAAAUCACCCGAUAUUCUACCCAACACUCCCACAACCUCCCACCAGAAAAACAAGAUGCCUCCUGAAGCACCCUCAAGGGGCCUGCGUGGCAGCAUGGUGAGCUGUGUGGAGCAUCUCACAGUUCGGUUAUUCGGUCUCCUCCUGGUGUUUACCGACAUCGCCAUCGUUGUGGCGGACCUGGUUACCCCCGACAACAGGAAGAACCAGCUGGCCUCGCGGAUCUGUCAGGUCGCGUCCGUCUGCAUCGCAGGUUACUUCAUGAUGGACAUCCUGCUGCGCAUCUGUGGACGAGGCAAAGACUUCUUUUCGAGAGGCUACAAUGUAGUGGACCUGGCAGUGAUUGUGAUCACGUUCACUGUCAUUCUUGUCUAUACACUGGUGGAUUUCGGCUUCCCAUACGCCAAGUAUGCAAGACUCGUGGUGGUUGGAAGGUUGAUCAGAGUUCUGAUUGUCCUUCAUUUGCUGACAGAGAAGAAACAAAUGGACCGAUGCAGAAGAAAAUCUUCGAAAAAGAAGAAGCAGUGUUGUUGCAGACACACUUAUGACCUGGAUCUUACUUAUAUAACAGAGCGUGUGAUCGCCAUGACGUUCCCCACCUGUGGUCAACAACAUGAACACCUGUAUGAAGCUGCAAUAAAGGAAGUAGCACACUUGCUAGAUGUCAAGCACAAGGACCACUACAAAGUCUACAACCUAUGCAGUGAGAGGACGUAUGAUGAGUCCCUGUUCUACCACAGAGUGGAGAAACUGUCCAUUGAUGACCAUAAUGUUCCCAGUCUCAGGGAGAUGCUUCAGUUUUGCGCCGGUGUCCGAGAAUGGAUGAUGAUGGACGAACGGAACAUCAUCGUUGUCCACUGCCGGGGCGGAAAAGGUCUGGAAACUCAAUUCUCCUGGUCUUUCUGA